CUCUCAGGCUCACGCUGCCACUACAACCGAUGGAAAUGGCGGUGACGGCCAGGCGAGCAGCGUGAAGUGCUGAUGCAUUACAUGGAUCAAAAAACCCCGACCGCUAGUAUAUUGUUUGACAACUGACAAUGACGUCGAAGUAGAGCACCGCUUGUAGUUGUCAUUACAAACUCAUAAAACCUCCCCGGGGAAGUUUUCAUCUCGUCGGCGGAGGAGUGAAAAUCUCACCGGGAGCAUGGCUUCUUCCAGCACUCAGUAUAUCUUUGGGGAGUUCAGCCCUGAUGAGAUCAAUCAGUUUUUUGUGACUCCUCGAUUUUAUGUUGAGCUUCCUCCAUUCAAUGACAAAGUUCAGUGUGUCAGUCAGUCUUCAGGAAGUUACUGCACUCCUGCUGUGCCAUUUAUUAUGGAGUCUAUGGGACUGCAGGUUUGCGCAGAAGACUAUCAGCACAUUGAGUUUGGGGUUGACGAGGUGAUGGAUUCCAAGCCGGUUAGAGCAAGCGACCCUUUAUACAGGGUGUCGAGCAACCUCAACCCACAGGCCCCGGAGUUCAUUCUGGGCUGCCAGGCGGCUCCGAAGGCUCAGCAGGCGGCCCCUCCAGUGGCUGACGUCCCUGACGGAAGCCACUUCAACUCGCUGGACGGGCCGGACUCUGAGGCGUCAGCCCUGGACAAUCACCAGUCCUGCCAGGACAUGGACGGACUCCCCGGCAGCCUGGGACAGCGAGAGAGAAAGAAAAAGAAAAAGCGGCCGCCUGGGUACUACAACUACCUGGACCCGUCAGCUGGUGAAAGCGCCAGCAGCGCUGUUGCAGCUGACGGUGCUCCGGUAACGGCGCUGGUGAAUGGACACGCACUUGGGGGCUCACACCACAGUUCUGAGGAUGUGAACAGUAAGGCAUUGUCAGCAGAUGAACUUUGCACCCCUGCACCUGCUUCCAAUGCAACAUCAACAGCAUCUGUGUUUGCCCCCACAUCCACUGCCAAUCAGAGGACUUGUGAUAGCCCUGAGGACUCUUCUUUAGACUUAACAGGUGGAGCUGCCUCUUUAUCCGACGGUAACAAUGCAACUUCCUCCUCUUCGUCCUCCUCUCAAAGCAGAGAGAUGACAGAGGGAUCAAGGACUGCAGAUCAGCAGCUGGAUCAUUUGGCUCCACAAAGCCCUGAACUGUCAGACGCCCCACACAGCCCCCUCUCCAAAUCCCCUCUUCCUCCCUCAGCUGUUGCGGCCGCCCCCUCGGCCUUGACUUCCACUACGACUACUGAACUAGAGGGAACUCGGGCAGCAGACACCGGAGUGGCCAAUGGGCUAGAAGAGCCCAGUACUCUUGUCAGUUCAGAUGGACACAAAGAAGACUGUGACAGUGGGGAGCAGGGCCAGCCUCUCAGCCCAGACUCUGUGACCCAGCCUUUAGUAACAGAGCAGGCGAACUCUCCUGCAGUUGCUGCUGCGCCCACUGCCCAUCUUCCCAAAUCCUGGGCUAGCCUGUUCCACAACUCAAAGCCUCUGCCUGGCAGCCCUCAGGCCUUUGUAGAGGUGAAAAAUAUUGUGGAAGCUGCUUCCCCCUCCCCUGCAAUGCCAGAGCAACCUGAGAAGGUUGGGGAGAUUAAGGAAGGUCCUGUCCAUGUAUCGGAGGAUCCAAUGGCUCCAAAACUUGCAGAAAUUAUUGAGAAUGUGAAGUUGAUACAUAAACCAGUGUCUUUGCAGCCGAGGGGGCUGAUCAACAAGGGGAACUGGUGCUAUAUCAAUGCCACCCUUCAGGCCCUGAUCGCCUGCCCGCCCAUGUAUCACCUGAUGAAGUCCAUUCCUCUGCACAGUGAAACACAGAGAACAUGCACCUCCACACCCAUGAUAGACAACUUUGUUAGGCUGGUGAAUGAGUUCAACAACAUGCCUGUGCCAUCGAAAACCAAACAGCAAACUGUUGGUGAUAAGGUUGUAAAAGAUAUUCGACCUGGUGUACCUUUUGAGCCAACGUACAUCUACAAACUCCUGACUCUCAUCAAGUCAAGCCUCUCUGAGAAGGGCCGACAAGAGGAUGCGGAGGAGUAUCUCGGUUUUACCCUCAACGGACUCCACGAGGAGAUGCUGGCAUUGAAAAAGCUAAUCUUGCCUCAGGAAGAGAAAGCCCCCACACCCAAUGGCCCAGAGUCGCAGCAAGGUGGUGAGGAAGAUGGAGCCGAAAAGGAGGAAGAAGGGAGCGAGGACGAGUGGGAACAAGUGGGUCCCCGAAACAAGACUUCAGUCACACGUCAGGCUGACUUCGUCCGCACACCCAUCACUGAUAUUUUUGGUGGACACAUCAGAUCCGUGGUGUAUCAGCAAAACUCUAAAGAGUCGGCCACCCUGCAGCCUUUCUUCACCCUGCAGCUCGACAUCCAGUCUGAGAAGAUCCGCACAGUUCAGGAAGCUCUUGAAACGUUGGUGGCCCGGGAGUCGGUCCAAGGCUACACCUCCAAAACCAAGCAAGAGAUUGAGAUCAGUCGGAGGGUAACGUUGGAAGAGCUGCCACCUGUGCUUGUGCUCCACCUCAAGCGAUUUGUCUUUGAAAAGACUGGAGGCUGCCAGAAACUCACAAAGAACAUUGAUUACCCUGUUGACCUGGAAAUCAGCAAAGAUCUCUUGUCCUCUGGAGUGCGGAGCAAAGUUUUGAAAGGCCAAAGAACUUACAGGCUCUUUGCAGUUGUUUACCACCAUGGAAACAGUGCGACAGGCGGCCAUUACACCACUGAUGUCUUCCACAUUGGUCUUAACGGCUGGCUGCGCAUCGACGACCAGGCGGUGAAGGUCAUCAACCAGUACCAGGUGUUGAAACAGACGGCCGAGCGCACCGCCUACCUGCUGUACUACCGCCGCGUCGACCUGCUGUAGACACCCCUUCACAUCCCCCCACACACACACAAUACACACACACACACACACACACACACACACACACACACACACAAACAUGUUCAAAAUGCACUUGCUGACAAUAAAGUGCUUCUGCAUACAACACAAAAA